UGUUCCCAUGAUGCUUUGCGGCAGAUUGUAACGAAUUUAGGCGCCAUUUUCAAGCUGUGUUUCUUCACCGGACAGUAAAACUGUCGCUUUUACACUCAACUGCACUUUGUUUUUCUGUGGAUUAACUGAAAUCUAACCAUAACGUCCAAAGUAUUAAAGUAUGCCCUCGAAAACGACCAAAAGCUCCUCGGUUUCGAAGCCCAGGAAAGUGUCGCAGGAUGAUUCUGGUGAUGAGCUGAAGGAAAUAAAGACUCGUGGAGAAAUACACGAUCAGGACGCACCACAGUCUAAUGAUGCCACUGGUGAGGCGGUGGAUAACCGGAGCCUGGAGGAGAUUCUCGGUAGCAUCCCUCCACCUCCACCCCCCGCGAUGACCAACGAACCGGGUGCUCCACGCCUAAUGAUCACUCACAUCGUCAAUCAGAACUUCAAGUCGUACGCCGGGGAGCAGAUCCUAGGCCCUUUCCAUAAGCGAUUUUCCUGUAUCAUCGGUCCAAACGGCAGCGGGAAAUCCAACGUGAUCGACUCGAUGCUCUUCGUAUUCGGAUACAGAGCACAAAAAAUCAGGUCCAAAAAGUUGUCUGUUCUUAUUCACAGCUCUGAUGGGCACAAGGACAUCCAGAGCUGCACUGUUGAGGUGCACUUUCAGAAGAUUACAGACAAGGAAGGAGAUGACUACGAUGUCAUCCCUGACAGCAAGUUUUACGUUUCAAGAACUGCCGGUAAAGAUAAUUCCUCAUCCUACCACAUCAACGGGAAAAAGGCGACCUUCAAAGACGUCGGAACUUUGCUCCGUAGCCACGGCAUUGACCUCGACCACAACCGAUUUCUCAUUCUACAGGGAGAAGUGGAGCAGAUCGCGAUGAUGAAGCCGAAGGGCCAGACGGAUCACGACGAAGGCAUGCUGGAAUACCUGGAGGACAUCAUCGGCUCCUGCCGACUCAAAGAGCCCAUCAACGUGCUGUGCAGACGUGUGGAGCUACUGAAUGAGCAGAGAGGGGAAAAGCUGAAUCGCGUGAAGAUGGUGGAGAAGGAGAAGAACGCCCUGGAGGGUGAAAAAAAUAAAGCAGUGGAAUUUCUCACCCUAGAGAAUGACAUGUUUAAGAAGAGAAGCCAGCUCUGCCAGUUCUAUGUACACGAUUUGCAGCAGCGUGCGGCCGAAAAGGAAGCAGAAAAACAAGCGAUCCAGGAAGACACCAAGGGACUGACUGAAAAAAGCAACCAGCUCACAGAGGAAAUGAAGGGGAGGAAUGAAGCCCUGAAGAAUGUGGAGAAGAAAAUGGGCAAGCUGACCAAGUUCAUUGAGAGCCAGAAGGAGAAGUUCACCCAGUUGGACCUCCAGGAUGUGGAGGUGCGUGAGAAGCUCAAGCACACCAAGAACAAGACCAAGAAACUCCACAAACAGCUGCAAAAGGACAAGGAAAAGUUGGAGGAAGUGAAAAACAUUCCUGCCAGCAGUGAAAAGAUCAUCACUGAGGCUUCUGCCCAGAAAGAAGUGUUGGAGGAAGAGAAGACAAAGGAGGAAGUGGUUCUGGCCCAGGUGAUGGAGCGCCUGAAGGAGGAGACCAGUGGUCUCCAACAGGAAAAGGAGCAAAAAGAGAAGGAGCUUCUGGAGUUAAGUAAAGCCGUGAAUGAGACCCGCUCACAGAUGGAUGUAGCUCAGUCGGAGUUGGACAUCUACCUGAGUCAGCACACCACGGCCGUUUCACAGCUCAAUCAGGCUAAAGAGACCCUACAGGGAACUGCUGACACUCUUCGAGACAGAAGAGCUGCCAUCAAAGAGCUGAAGGUCAAAGUACCUAAGUGUGAGCAGAACCUUAAGAAGGAUGAGGAGGAUUUGAAGCAGAUUACUGAGCAGGAUGGACAGUCCCAAGCUAUGGUCAGGGACAUGAGGCAGAAAGUCGAAGAGGCAAAGUCCUCCUUGUCCUCCACACGUAGCCGAGGUAAAGUGCUUGACGCACUCGUGCAGCAGAAACGCAGUGGCAAGAUCCCUGGCAUCCUGGGACGCCUGGGUGAUUUAGGAGCCAUUGAUGAAAAGUAUGAUGUCGCGAUCUCAUCGAGCUGUGGCGCGCUCGAUAACAUCGUAGUGGACACCAUCGACACGGCUCAGAAAUGUGUCACCUUCCUUAAGGCACAGAAUAUUGGAGUGGCUACUUUCAUUGGUCUUGACAAGAUGAAGGUCUGGGAGAGAAACAUGAAAACCAUCUCCACACCAGAAAACAUUCCCCGUUUGUUUGAUAUGGUCAAAGUAAAGGAUGAUUCUGUCCUUCCUGCCUUCUAUUUUGCCCUGAGAGACACAUUGGUGGCUAAAGACCUGGAACAGGCGACCAGAGUGGCUUUCCAGAAAGACAAACGCUGGAGAGUGGUCACUCUGCAGGGACAGAUCAUCGAGCAAGCUGGCACAAUGACAGGAGGAGGAGGACGUGUAAUGAAAGGUAGAAUGGGAUCUUCUAUCGGCACCGAAGUCACACAGGAACAGCUGGACAAAAUGGAGAACGCAUUGAAGGAGAAGGUGGCGCAGCUGCAGGGCUGGCAGCAAAGGAAACAGCAGCUUGAGGAGAGUGUGCACAAACAGAGACGGGAGCUCAGAGACAUGAAGAACACGUUGGAGAAAUACACAGCUAGCAUUCAGAGUCUUGAGGAGCAAGAGAUUCACCUGAAGUCUCAGAUAAAGGAGCUGGAAGCUAAUGUCGUCGCUGCUGCCCCAGACAAAGCCAAGCAAAAACAGAUGGAGAAAAACCUGGAAGCCUUCAAGAAAAGUUAUGAUGCUGCAUCCAACAAGGCAGGAAAGGUUGAAGCUGAGGUGAAGCGACUCCACAACCUAAUUGUGGACAUCAACAGCCACAAAUUAAAGGCCCAACAGGACAAACUGGAUAAGAUCAACAAAGAGCUAGACGAGUGUUCGUCAGCAAUCACCAAAGCCAAAGUGGCUAUCAAGACCUCAGGACGCAAUCUAAAAAAGGCAGAGGAGACUGUUACACGACUGGAAACCGAGAUUGCGGAGAAUGAGAAAUUAAUGGAGGAGCUCACAGAGCAGCUGAAGAAACUGGAGGAUCAGGCAGGAGAGAUCAUGAAGUCCUGCCAAGAGGCCGAAGAGGUGCUGCCCGAGGUGCAGGAACAGCAUCGGGGGGUCUUGCAGGAGAUCAAGGCUCUUCAGGAACAAGAGCACGCUUUGCAGAAAGAUUCGCUGAACGUCCGGCUGAAAGUCGAACAGAUCGACACGGCCAUCGCCGAGUGUCAGAAUAAGAUCAGACACUGGGAGAAAGAGUCCACAAAGCUCGCUCUGCACUCGAUUGAUGAUAAACCAGCAGAGGAAUUGCUUAAGCUGACCACAGAACAGUUGGAGGCCAUUAAAAGCCCAGAUGUCAUAAAAAACGAGAUUGCUCUUUUGGAGGAUCGCUGUGCCCAGAUGAAGCCCAACCUGGGAGCUAUAGCCGAGUUUAAGAAGAAGGAGGAACUUUACUUGCAGAGAGUAGCUGAGCUGGAUGAGAUCACCACCCACAGAGACAACUUCAAGAGGAGCUGCGAAGACCUACGAAAACAGAGACUGAACGAGUUCAUGGCCGGUUUUAACAUCAUUACCAACAAGCUGAAGGAGAACUACCAGAUGCUGACACUGGGGGGUGAUGCUGAGCUGGAGCUUGUGGACAGCCUGGACCCUUUCUCUGAGGGCAUCAUGUUUAGCGUGCGUCCUCCUAAGAAAAGCUGGAAGAAAAUCUAUAACUUGUCUGGAGGAGAGAAAACUCUGAGCUCUUUGGCUUUGGUUUUUGCUCUGCACCACUUUAAGCCCACGCCUCUGUACUUCAUGGACGAGAUCGACGCUGCUCUGGAUUUCAAGAACGUGUCCAUCGUAGCCUGCUACAUAUACGAACAAACCAAGAACGCUCAGUUCAUCAUCAUCUCUCUGAGGAACAACAUGUUUGAGAUGGCUGACCGCCUGAUCGGCAUCUACAAAACUCACAACACCACGAAAAAUGUGGGAAUCAACCCCAAAACCAUUGUCCUUAAAGAUGUUGAAGUUGCAUCAGGAUAAAACGACAAAUAAUCCCUCGCUUUCUCUUAUCCUUUAUCUGUGAUUUUUUUUUCACAUGCACCUGUUUCCACACAAUGUGCUUUUUUCCACUGUGCAGGUUAUAUCCAUUUAACCUUAUCGAAAUGCUGCUGUUUAUAUACUAUUAAACUUUUUUUAUAUAUAUAUAUAAAACAAAAUGUAUGUAUACAGUGUUCUUGGGUCCGUCACUUUAAUCUGUAAACGUUUCGAACGUUACGCUGCUCUUGCAUGCAGAAGUGACAGAAGGCCAUGAAUGGCCUUAAUUAAUUAUCUGCUCCUAUUAUGAGCUCUUAGGUUUUACUGAACAUAAUUCGCCUAAAUAAACUAAGCAAAGCACUUGAAGGUUAAUAAAUGUGCAAAAUGCCAAUUACAGUUUCUUAUUAAUUGCAGCUGAUUCGAUCGUAAAUUUUGUAAUGAGCCUUUAAAAGUAUGUUUGUUAUUUGGCUUUAUUUUUGAAGACUUUUUUCUUUUCUUUUCUAAUGCAACACCAGUGUUUAGUGCUCGCUGCUUUGUAAACAGAAAUCACGAUGUACAUUUGAGUAUUGUAGAAAUGUCGAUUUGUUAUUUUUGUCAUAUAUAUAUUUAUAUAUAUUUGAAUUAGUACCUCUA